AUGGCCCAGAAUAAAUUUCAAGUCUCGCGAUAUGAGAUAGGGGAAUUCAAAGAGGAUAAGUGGUACUGUGGCUGUGGCGACCUUCCCAAGAAGCUCACCUCCAAAACAGACCUCACCGGGGGCGAUAAAUUCCUGCGAUGUCCCAAUACAGAUGACUGUGGGUUUUUCCUUUGGGAAAAGGAUGAACCCACAGCAAGGGUAUCGAACUCCUCACCCCGGACCCCCCAACAAAAUCGAAGACGAAACCCAGGCUUGCUUACUCCACUAUCCGGGAAAAAUGCUCAGGGAGGACGUCAAACCUUGAAUUUUGAAUCGUCACUUACCUCUCCAACACCAAAACGACAUUUUGAUCAGGCGGAGGUGCUGGAUGAGCCACUUUUAACGGAGAUUCUCGAGCUUUUAGCAUCUGCAAAUAUUGAGAUCAAAGCUUCCACGGAACUACAACUACGACAUUUAGUCAACAUGAAAGUUGCAACAUAUGAAACCAAAUUAAGGACAUGCGAGACCACCAUCAAUGACCUCAGAAGUAAGAUGGUAGAAAUGGAGAGCUAG